UUGCCGUCGUCGUCGUCGUCGUCGCUGCUGCUGCUCAGGUAAACGAGUAGAUUUGGACUCGUUUUGCCUUCGUCGCGUAUCGUUUUUAGUCAGCGCGUUUGCAUCGACGAGGAUCAGUAUCCUUUUGGCGUUCCGUGUGCGCGGUUGUCUGCCGCUCGUCCUGAAACGCAGCUACAAAUCGAAAACAACUCUCAAAUGAACUAAUUCAAAUCGCGUAGAAUUUGUUAAGUUUUUAUCUGUUUGGACAUUUGCAAAAAGUACGUGCAAUAAUUGUUAUUUCGUACUAUAGCCAAAGUUUUCGUGUUGUGAACAAAUCUGUGUUGUGCAUUAAAAAAAAAAAAAAAAACUCGACGAUCGAUUGGAUAAAAUAACAUCAACUUACUAAACUUUUGGAUUUUAAAAACAACAAUCAAACUAAAAUGGAUUACAAACACGAUCUUAACUCGGAUGACGACUUUGACUGCUCCAAUGGCUAUAGCGACGGCUAUAGCAGCAAUGGACGUAUGUCCAAUCCCAAUGGCAUGUCCAAGGCGGAACUUCGAAAGACUAACAAACCUAUUAUGGAAAAACGGCGUCGCGCUCGUAUUAAUCACUGCCUAAACGAGCUCAAAUCCCUCAUUCUGGAGGCCAUGAAAAAAGACCCGGCGCGACAUACCAAACUGGAAAAGGCCGACAUACUCGAGAUGACGGUGAAGCAUUUGCAGUCCGUGCAGCGCCAACAGCUUAACAUGGCCAUCCAGAGUGAUCCCACAGUGGUGCACAAAUUCAAGACGGGCUUUGUUGAAUGCGCCGAGGAGGUUAAUCGCUAUGUUAGCCAAAUGGAGGGUGUCGAUCUCGGUGUGCGUCAACGUCUCAGCGCCCAUCUCAACAACUGUGCCAACAGUCUCGAGCAGAUUGGCUCCAUGAGCAACUUUAACAAUGGUUAUCGCGGUCAAUUGCCACCCAGCAUAUUUCCCGGAUCGGCAGCUCCGCUUUUCCCUCCAUUGCCGCAGGAUCUUAACAACAACAGCAACACUGGAGGCAACAACAACAAUACUCGGGAAAGCACACCAGCCAUACAAAUGGGUGGACUACAGCUAAUACCUUCCCGCUUGCCGUCGGGAGAGUUUGCCCUGAUUAUGCCCAACUCAACGACUACGACGGCGCCUGCGCCCGCUCCCUUUGUCUGGCCAGGAUCAACGAUGCACAAUGCAGCUAGCGCGGCACUUGCCAGCAUUGCAAAUCCAACACAUCUCAGCGAUUAUAACCAAAGCUUCAGGCUGAGCGCAUUUAACAAGCCCACAGCUCCCGCUCAAACGCAAAUCCAGGCAGCAGGAGCAACCGUCACAUUAGCUGCUAAGAACACCACCAGCAGUCCACCACUGAGUCCCAUCUCCUCCAUCUCCAGCCAGAGCCAAGGCGAUGAAUCCCGUGCUGCCUCGCCGGCAAGUGCGGCUCAGGCGGAACUUCUGCUUGCCAAGCAGCACAGUUUUGCGGGCGUCUUCUCCACACCGCCUCCGACCAGUGCAGAGACCUCCUUCAACACCAGCGGCUCACUGAAUCUGAGCGGAGGCAGUCAUGACAGCAGCACCUCUGCCUGCAACACGUCGCAUUCUCUGGUGGCACAUCUGCAACAGCAGCAGGUGAGCUCCACCAGUGGACAGGAGAGCUCUGCCCGUAAACGGGAUCGUGAGCUGGAGCAGGAGCAGGCCGAUUCUAGCGAUUGUUCGUUAAUGGACGAACCAUCGUCUAAGAAAUUCCUGGCCGCCGCCAUUGAGAAGUCCAGUUCCGCCUGGCGGCCCUGGUGAAGCAGCAACAUCCAAUAAACUCUCAUGAAAACAUGUUCUAUAUGUUAAGUUUUUUACUAUCUGUAAAGGUUAAUUCAUUUGUUAAUUUAUUUUCUUAUUGAAAUUGUAAUUCAACGUUUUUUUCCCGCUUUCUUCAAUUUUAAGUUCAGCUGUGAUUUUUGA